AUGUCUCAGUCUAUGGUGCGAUCACAUUUGGAAGCCUGGGUGCCGUUCUGGGCGCCUCCUCUCAAAAGGGAUAUGGAAGAGUUGGGAAGACUCGGCACCCCCUUGCAAGACCUGGAGAGGUGUCUGAAGGAGGUCCCCACUGGCACCCACAGCCAGCCCUGUUCGCCGACCGUCAGCUCCUCCACCCUCAGCUCCCCAGACAGGCUCCCCCGGAGGACCCCCGCGAACGGGAAGUGGGCGAGGAAGGAGGAAGGGCUCAGUCGGAACGGCACCCCUCUGCAGGGGCUCGAAAGGUGUCUGAAGGAGCUCCCCCUGAGCUCGCCCAGCCAGCCCUCUUCGCCAGCCGUCAGCGGCUCCCCAGACAGGCUCCACAGGUGGACCCCAGAGGCAGGGAGGUGGAUGAGGAGGGAGGAAGGACCCAGCCGGAACAGUACCCCUUUGCAAGGCCUGGAGCGGUGCCUGAGGGAGCUGCCCCAGAACCCCCCCAGCCAGCCGUGGUCCCCAGCCGUCAGCUCCUCCAUCAGCAGCUCCCCGGACAGGCUGCACCGGUGGACCCCGGAACCAGGGAGGUGGACCCGGAAGGAGGAAGGUCUCAGCCGAAACGGCACCCCCUUGCAAAUGGUGCUGGAGGGCAACUCGAAGGAGCUCCCUGGCACCCCGAGCGGCCACUUCUUCCGCUCUGUGGCCACCAGCUCAACCGACGGACAAGGGAAAUUGGGUGCGGGAGAAAGUCCCGCGAAGGAGGCAGGAGCUCUUCCCUCAGGGAUCCCACCCCUUCAAGGCCUGGAGAAGUGCUUGAAAGAGAUCCCUCUUGGUGGGGUUUCUUGCCCAAACGCCGUUCCUACGGGAAGCGACUUCUCUGCCCAGAAGCUGAGGAGGACGGAGGCGUCUUUGCAGAGGCGGUGGGACAGAGGUGUUGCCACAAACAGCAUCCCGCCACGUCCCACGAGCACCUCUGGCUCCGUGGCAGCGGAGGCCGUGGUGGAAGCUUCCCCCCUCGACCGACUGAUGAGCUGCCUGAAGGAGAUCCCCAUUCAGAGGCCGAGUUACCUGAACACGCCCAGCGUCUCCUCGUCCGCCUCCAGCUGCAGCGAGAGCGAGCGCCAGAGUCCCGGGAGCAGCCUCUGGUGGGACUGCGCUCAAGAUACAGGAUUGGACACUUUGCGGCAGAAGGGGAUGGAGUCCAGGCUGCAGAGCGCGUUGCUCGCUCCAGAGGAGGAAAGGGGGCUUCCUUCCACCCGAGAACCAGAGCUUGUCACCAUGGGCAGCCGAGCGCCAUCGGCCUCCCCACUCGGUGGCCUGGAGAGAUGCUUAGACAACAUCGCCAUGAGCCAGCCGCUUCCCUCCAACAUCCCACCUGGCGAUGCCAAGAGUCCGGGCGACGUGGCACCCAGGGGAUCCCUGCAAGGGAUGGUUGCAUCACAUCCCACAAAUCCUCCAGCAGACGACAUCCUCUUCCACGAACCACAGAUUGGUCCGAAAGAUCCAGCAGCAGCCGCUCCACCCAGGCCUCCCAGCACGCCAGCCCAGGACUCCUUCAGUAGGACGCCCGAGAGAAACGUGGAUCAGGGCCUCCGUGAAGGUCGGGUUCAGCAUCCCCAGGCGGAAGCUGCGAGGAAACGGGCACCAAGCGGCUCCUGCCUCCGAGGCCUGGCAAAUCUCCUGGCUGAAAGGCCUGCCAACCCUCUUUGUCGCUUCCAGCCGCGGCCCAGCAAGGCCCAGGGCAGCUCGGAGGAAAGGGAAGUGCAGGCGGGCGUCUCUUCGGCCGAGGAAGAAGGGGCGAGUGAGAGCAGCCCUCUCCAGGGCCUGCUCAGGUGCCUGAAGGAGAUCUCUGCCCGGGGCCCCAGUCCAUGUAGCCCAUCGUCCAGCAGUUCCCCGGCCAGAAGCACAUGGGGAGAACUGAGGUGCAAACGUGCCAAGGAAGAGGAGGCGGAGGCCAGGAGGGCAGCCCAGGAAGAGCUUCAAACAGGUCAGAGGAGCCGCCUGAAGGAACGGUCGGUGGGCAGUGGCCCGGCCACCCCGCCCUUGAGUAGUCCACAGAGAGAGGCUGGGAACAGGAGCCCGACCCCCGAGGCUGCCGGGGGGCACCAAGGUGAGUCCACACGGCCUCUGGCAAAGCAGGAGGGGUGCAGCAGCUGCAGAGUCUUAAAAUCCUCUGAGGAGCCUGCAGGAUCAGGCCAGUGGCCCAGCGUCCCAUUCUCACAGGGGCCAACCGGAUGUGCUCAGGACCUGAGCACAAGAACACACUCUCCCCUUCUGUGUAGAGCCGCCCCCUGGGGCAGCUGCCCCAAGCGAAACGGGCAUUUCUGCCUCUCGAGCGGGAGAUCCGCUGCGCUCAAGUUCGGUGCUCCGAGGCCGAACAAUUCCAGCUCCCCCAAGAGUGGGGUGAAAAGGUCGCUGGGGGCAGCACAGGGAGGUGAGGACCAAACUGCAGGCACCUCGUCCUACAGCUGCAAACUGCAAGGUGAUGCCGAGUCAGGAAAUCUGCGCAAGGAAAGGGGUCUCGGUGUAGACCCGAAUCCGGCCCUCUGCACCUGGGGGAACGGCAAACCUCAGGAAUGCCGCCCUGAGGUUGAAGACGGCAUGGGUCCGGCGCUGUCGAAGAAGCUGGACCGCCUUUCUGCGGACAUGAGCGCCGUCUGCAGGGACGUCUCCCGCCUGCAGAGCCACGUGGACCGCUUGGAGCAGGACGCCCGGGGCUGGGUCCUCGAGCUGGCGGCGCUGCGCAUGGAGAACCACAGCCUGAGCGAGUGCGUGCGGCGCAUGGAGGGUCGCUUCCGCGCUCUGGAGAACCGCUCCCGCCGCAACAACCUGCGCGUCCUCGGCCUGCCGGAGGGGAGCGAAGGCAGCGACGCGGUCGCCUUCUUGCAGAAGACUUUGCCCACCCUGCUGGGCCUGCCCCCGGAAGCCCCGCCCCUGGAGAUCGAGAGCGCCCGCCGGGUGCAAGGGGGCGCGUCCUGGGACCCCAGCGGCAGGCCCCGACCCCUGGUGCUCCAGCUCCUGCGCUCGGGAGACAGGGCGGCCAUUUUGCAGGCGGCCCGCGGGCGGCCCCUCAGCUACGCCGGCGCGCAGGUCACCAUCUUGCCGGACUUUUGCUCCUCGCUCUCGCAGCGCAGGAGGGUCCCCUUUGGGACGUUCCGAAGGACCCGGUGGGCGGCGGACCUCUGCUUCGGCUCCCGGCACCCUUCCUGCUGCUACGCCUGGGCGCCGGGCCUACGGGAGCCUCUGGCUGGCUCGGGGGCCCUGAGGGGCGAGAGAGAAAGCCGGCAUCCCAGAGGGCCGGGGAUGGGGAACUGGGGCACGGAAACGCCACCCGGCCCGGUGCAUCGUGGGGGGUGCCACUCCGCAGGGAGCUGCGAGCGGCACGACGACAACCCCUGAUGCAGGACAGAGGGUUCUUGGCAGAGGGUGGUGAUGCUUGGCUUGCUCCUCCUGCCCUUUGCUCUGGGUAGGGCCUGUCCUCAGGCGGCAAACUAUUGGUGGCCAUGUAUCUUGCCCUUCACCCCUCCAGCUGGUCAGGCUCGGCUGCCAGCCCACUUGGCUGCUGUGGGCGCCAUUUUGCCUCCGGAGUCCUUCCCCACAUUCCUGCUUCUUUCUCCGGAGCUGCUUGGCAAAAUCUUUUGGACGCCAUUCAAGCUUAGGUCUGCCGUCUUGAGGGUGCCCCGUUGUGGUCUC